ACUGUCUCCUUUCUUUUCUCUUCUCAUCAGCAUUUCCCUUCCCCCAACAUUCCUCCUCCAUUGAUGCUGCUUCUUGUUGUUGUUGUUGUUGUUUUUGUUCUGUAUCUCCAUUCUUCAUCUUCUUUCUUAUGUUCAUAUGCAAGAUCCAGCAGACACCUCCUCCCUACAGAGCUCAAGGUACUUUGCCUAUGUUUCAUCUUUCCAACAGGUGAGGGUUUGGAUGGAUUGUGUGCAUGGGGAUAUGAGUUUGUAAGUGUUGCUUGUACAUUUGUAUUUGCUGGCUCGAUUUUCGUUAAGCGUCGGUGAUCGGUGUGGGUCCCAUGAUUUGAACUUGAAGUGAUGGAUUGUGCACUACCUCGAGUGGAUUCAAUACUUGUGCAUUACCUUGAUGAUUGUGUGAUUGUGAUUAUUAUUGUUUUUUUCUUAAUUGUGAUUUCGGGUAUGAACACUGACGAUUUAUAUAGAAUAAGUGAAUAUUUGUGGGAAAAAAGAGAGCACAAACAGACGUUCUAAGAGUAAUAAGAGUAAGUUUAGCCAUGUUAGCAUGAUCAAUGAAGCCCAACCAAUGAACCAAUUGACAUUUCUUUUUGAAUGGAUCAACCACUAAUACAUUAUUCAUUGUUUAAUGUUAUGGUAUAUUUUUAUAAGUAACCCAAACCGUUUAGUUAUUUUGCAAGUUCAUUGCUUUUGGUCAGAAGUUGUUGAGCUUGAACUGUUCUCCUAAUUAAGAAAGGCAAGGAAAUCUUUUAGUCAAUUGAAGAAAUUUAAAUUAGGUUUUAAGUUAUUUCCAUCCCAUAUAUAUAAUAAUUCAUUGUUCUAGAUGGGUUCAUGAAUCUUAAUUUAAUUCAUUAGAAAAAGUUGUAUCAUCAUUGUUUGAAGUUGUAUCAAUAUGAAUGACUUGCAUUUCUUGAAUGCCAGGAAACCCACCUGGUACCAAAAAGCCCUAAACAUGGCUUCUCAUUGGAGAGUCAUUCCAAGGUCCCAAGAGAUUACUUCCACUCCAAGAUUGUGGAGAUCUCCCACUACAAAAUCAUCCAAAGAACUUUUCCCUACAACCAACCCCAAUAACACCAACAACCCUAGCAAAGGAAUUAACAAGCUAAGAAAGUGCACAUCCAUGAGAGUUGCAACCUCAUUCACUAGGGUUUGUCUCUGUGCACCCAUCUCGUCUUACAACAAAGUGUUUCAGGCUGAUUUCCCACCGAGGAGAAGCAACAGUUACCCUAGAUCAUCAAAAACGUUUCUCGUCCCGCAAGAAAGAAUGAUACCGCAACCGAAUCCUGCCAGGCUUAGCACGGAAGGUAGGAGGUCGCUUUUUCGGGGGCAAUCUUUGAAUGACGAUGUGCUUAUGAGGAGAUUUGUGCUCGAAGAAGAAGCAAUGAUGGAGGUUAGGAGAAGGACAAAUCAAAUGGAGAUUAUUAGGAGGAGGAGUAGUGUGAUGAUGAGGAAGAAGAAGCUCGGGCCUAGCCGUCUGAGCCAAAUGGUGAUUGCUGAGGUGGAUCAUGAGACCAUUCAAUAUUGAGUUUGAUUAUAACUUCAUUUUUUAGACAGAUUAAGUUUAAUUAUAACUUGAUUGUAAAUUUUGUUAGCCGUUUUGCAAUAAAAUGUUGCAAUGUUUAGGGUUUAGGGCAUUGUUGUGGUGGAUUAUCUAAAAUUUCCAAAGGGAAGAUCUCAAAUUGGUGCGCAAACCAGAGACAUUAUCAAGUAAAACUGUCCAUGUACUCUCAUAGUCUCAUCUAGUAGACUCUUCGUCUACAAGCAAAGCAUGAGUUUAUUUCCUUCCAACACAAGUCAAGUUACAUCAUCUUUACUUACACUACAAGUAAGAUAAAUUGCAUAGUUUGCUUCAACGUUUCUAUAUUCUUCUUCCUCUGUGUCACUAAUUCAUAUAACCGCGAGAACAAAAUUGUGUAGCUCCGAGAAUGUACAAUGUGAGACAACAAUGGCAGGGUAUUGCAUUGAUUCAACUGUACCAAUCAAGAAAAAAGAUUGAAAAUGUAAGCACAAACAGACUAAAGCACAAGAAAUGUCCUGCCACUGCUAUGUGCUAUGCCUAUGAUUGGUUUUCAGGGUAGCAGGAAGAAUGGAGGGAUUCAGAGGGUUUGGUGUUUGUGACUUAGAACAAAAUUAGGCAUGUCUUCUAUUUAGUUUACAUGUGUUUCCUCUGUAUAAUGAGCAGUAAUGUACACUGGCAAAUACUUCAAACUAACUAGACGUCUCAACUUGUCUUCUGAGUCAAUCAGGAGGAGAUACAUUAUUUCGGACCACCGGUAAGGCCAUAACUGAAAGUACACUAGGUAUAAAGUUAACAUUUCAAAAACUCUUCAUAUAAUACCACAAGAAAAGAACCUCAAACUCCAUUACAUCGUCAUCUCUACAACUAAUGGUUGUUCUUAAAAAGAAAAGCAGGGCAAAACCGUCCUAAAAGCACUAAUUAUACAACGAACACUGUAACCAACCUCUCCAACCGUGUGUGCUUCAGCCCCCUGUCACAAUCCUGCACGAAAAUGAGGGGAGACCCCUAUUCAACGAAGAGAAAGGAGAGCAAUGAAUGAAAAUCAGUUGAGAAAACUUAUUCAUCCAGUUAAAGUGUGAUACUUGUCAUAAUAACGCAUGGAUUCAGUUCACUCUCCAACUAAAAUGCAGACGCAGGGCAAUAUUACUCACUAAACCCACAUAACGAUAUAUAACCUCGACUUAGCACGCUAUAUGCACAAAAAGUAUAGCAAAGUUGGUCUUACAGCAACGGACAAACUGCUAAUGGUCGGUCAGACAUACAUCAUUAUGGCCCCGGUUAGCUAGUACUAAUCUAGUUGAGGGCAACGAACUUUCAGAUGCCAAUACAUAUAACCAACUUUAUGAGUGUCUUCUGGGUUCAUUUUACUUACCUUAGCAGCAGGAGAUUUCACCCAGACACAAGCUUUACAACAAUGCAUAUGGAGUUGAGUAUGAUGAGGGGAACUCUCAUGUACUGCGUUGCGUAAAUAAGACCUAUAAGCUGCCCCUUGAAAGACUUUGUUCGGCCUUCCGAGAAUUCAGAGAAGCUCCAUCCUCUAGGUCCGAGGAAACGGUCUUCGUUUAGUAUGGCUAAUGCAUUUGCAAGUAGCAGACACCCCUCUAACAAAGUCCACAAACCCAUGUCCUGCAGCCAUUGUACACACAACAACACUCAGUAAUCUUGAUCUACCAAAACCCCACGCACCAGAAUUAUCAACCAGAAACUCCAGUAGCAACAUCAAUCAGAAACCCUAGUGAAAACCUAAAAGUAAUGCAAUGUGCAAAAUUAACGAACUUGUGGAGCAUUAAAGAAGCCACUCAGCACCGACGAGAAUUCUCAAUCGCUGCACAUUUCCUGGAUUAAUCAUGAGCAUUGGACCCAAAAAUUGAAAUCCUCAGCUCACCAGUGAGCCCCACGUAACUCCCAAACUAAUUUCAGAGAAAGCUCGAUCAAAAUAGGAAAAAGACCUAUGAUCUGGCAUUUGAACACAAUGCCCAUUUCAUCCCAGAAUCCAGAAAUGACAUAAUCAAGAAAAUCCAGAUUGAAAUUGAAGAGCGCAAGCAAGAAGCAAACGAAAGUGAUUCACAGAGAAGAGAGAGCGGGAAAGAAGUAAGAUACCCUGGGAAGAAUUGCUUCGGAGUUGGAUUCCCAGAGAACGUCCGGCGACUGAAGAGCUAACGUAGAAAUUGUGUAGUUAGAUCGGACAUGUGCGAACUGACUGACUUUGUAUAAGUUGUUGGGUUGGGCCCGAGAAGGAUGUGGGCUUGUUACUUGUUUUAUCCAGUUGGUUUAACUAGAAAUGGACCACUCACAAAUUGGGUUGGCUUAUAUGGGCCGGACUGAUAUCAUGGGUAUCAAUCCAUACCAAACUACGACUCGAGCAGUGUUGCUAUAUCACGAUACUUCUAAUGUUCGAUAUGAUAAAUUAUAAAAAAUGAAGAAAUUGUCCGCGUGUUUUACUUUACAGGUUGAAUGUUCGUUUCUUAUCAGUCACAUUCCAUUUUUGCAUGACAUUUUCCCUUUCUACAUCUCAUAUUUGGUCAACGCAGAGACCAAACAUCAUUAUAAGAUCUAAGAACAAUCAUUCAAAGAACAUUUAAAACUAGCUAAUCUUUUACUGGUUGAAUAGACUCGUCAUUUUUAUGAUUCACAUGAGCAAGAGUAUUUUAGAAGAUAUAAAUUUAGCUAAGGCAUUUAUAACACCAAAAAAGUUCCACUAACGGGUAUUUGAGCAAUUUUUUGUAGCCAUUUUUUAAUGAGAAGAUAGAAGAAUGAAGGAGUGGAAUUGGGUAGAAGUUUUGAGAUAGUAUCAUAGUACCAAUUACCAAACAUAACGGUUAAAGAAAGCAUAUUUCUUUGACAUGGGAGCUUAACAAGAAAUAGUCUUCCCGUUAAAGCAAAGUUGGUUGAAGUUUUGGUAAAAAAAAAAAGUUGGUUGAAGUUAGGCUCAGCUUGAGUGAGAAAGUGGGCAGCUCAAUUCCUUCCUCUCUCUUUCUACUCAUUCCCUCCCUCCUCCUCCUCUCUCUCUCUCUCUCCCCACCAUAAUCAUCACCAUUUUUUCUCUCUUGUUUCCUCCCAUGGAAUCAUCAUCACCAUCUUGAUUUAUAGCAAACCAAAAUGGAAAAGGGAUACGAAAGAAUAGAGAGUGUGUACAAAAUGUAAGUUAGAAGAAAAGUUUUGUGGAGAGAUACAAAUGGCAGUGUGAAGAAACGGUCUAGUGUUGAGAUUUUGAUAGAGAGACAAGGAGGAAGAGAGGGACAGAUAAACAACAACACCACCAACAAAAGGGGGAAAAAACCCAUUUAUAAUUGCUAAAAAAGAUAUCCACCAGAAAGAACCCACCACCUCUCCACUUCCACCAACACCAUCCUUCUAUAGGAAAGCCAGGUAGAGAAACAAGAAAGAAAAAGAGCAAGAGCAAGAGCAAAAGCAAAAGCAAAAGAGAGAUAAUUGAAAGGGUCUUCUCUUCUUUUGCUGGCUGGCUGGUAAAAGGGGUUCUUCUCCUUUGGCUGGCUGGGUCUCUCUGUAGUUUUUGCCUCUCUUCUCUUCUCUUUCCUUUUCCCAACUUUCUUUGCUUCUUGAACCAGCUUUCUGCCAUGGUGAUUCCUCAACUGGGUCUCCAACCAGGUACUCAAUUGCCUCUCCCUUUUCGUUGAGCUUGUUAUGUUUUUCUCCUCUCCUUCUCUAAGUUCCUUGCUUUAGCUGUUUCUGUUGGGAAUUCUGCUGUUCCUCGAUAUGAUCAUCAUCUGGGAAUAUAUGGUUAAAAGGUGG